AUGUCGAGAUACUACAGGAGGGGUUAUCCAUAUUCAAAUUUCAACACAUUGAACGACUCUCAGCAAUCUAAUGACAUCUUUAUAUUAGAUAAAAAAUUCCAACCCUUUGGAAAAUCUGAAGAGAACUUAGAAUAUAAAUCCAGACUCAUUUGUAAAAUACUUAGCACUCCACUCACUGUGUAUAUGGAUAACUUUCUCGACUACUUUCUAAAUGACUACGAUUCAUUCAAACAAUGUGUUAAUUAUUUGUCAAUUAAACCCUCAAAUGAAAAGUUUCUUAUAAAAUCAAGCACAAGUCAAGCGUCAAGCUACAUAUAUAAGCCUAAAUAUCCAAAUGAAAAUGAAGAAAAUUGUUUAUUUAAUUCUACAUAUGGUACUAAGCUUGAUUACGCCAAGGUCAAGCGCCAACAAAACAACAACUAUGGAUCCACUAGUAGUAAUUCUGCUUCAGAUGAUUUAGGGAUUUAUGAGACUAUGAUUGGGACUUCUGAACUAAGUGAUAUAACCAAAAUGAUGGACGAUGAUUAUAACUCGCACUAUGUAAAGGCCAACAACUUCCAAAGUUUCUUCCUCGACGUCACUAAAUUACUAAUAACACUUCCUGAUUUAGGGUCGGAUCUACUUUUAGCUCCCCAACUAUUACUAAUCCUUCUCGAUUAUAUAAUCAUUCCAUAUUUCUUCAUCUACAUUGAAACGAUGUAUGAACGUCAUAAUGUGAAGGAUGUCGAUAAAUUGAUGGAAGUAUGCAAAUCCAUGCCCAACGACGUUUGUAUUACAAUUUCAAAUGACGUCAAGACUCACAUUUACAAUUCAUUUAUUUAUCGAAGCGGGUAUAUAUACGACAAGUUAGGUAGUAAUAAGAAGGAGAACGACUUCAGAUUUAACAUUACUACGAGACUUAGAAAUAUACCGCCAACUCCAGAUGUGAUUAGACAUUCAAUCAGUGAGAUUUUGGAUGAGGAUGUUGGCAACUUGGUCAUUUUAACCUGUACAGUUGUUCUCUCAGGUGUCAUGAGCAUCAUUGAAGAUGAGCGUGAGUAUAUUUGUAGAAUUUGUUCAAAGUCUUUCGUAUCCAAAGCUUCAUCUGAAUCGUAUUUGCAAACAGCUCAAUUCAGGUGCCCAAAUUAUCAAGAUGGUACAUACCCAAGGCAAAGGUGUCCAGGAUCAACUUUUGAGAAGGGAACAUAUUUUUCAAGAUCAGAUUACCAAGAAAUUAGGUGUCAAUCAAUCUUUAACUCUGAUUGUAAUAUAAGUUCAAUAUCAGCCAUCCCGGUAGUACUAAGAAAAGAGAUUUGUGGAACAUGUUUCCCAGGAGAUACAGUUCACAUCACAGGGUUUGUUAGAAGAAGGUUUUCAAGAGUGAAACAUGGCGAAAGGUGUGAGUCUGAAUUAUUCAUCGAUGCUAAUAAUAUUGAAUGUGUAAAUUGGAAGGCGAUCACUGGCAUAAACAAUGCCAUUUACCAACAAGCAAACUCUUAUGAAAACUUUUGGAGUUUUCAUAGAAGUGAUGAAAUAUCCUCAAGAAAUAUUAUCAUCGAGUCUAUCUGCACUGAUCUUUUAAACGUAAAUAAUGCAAAACUUGGUCUGAUUCUAACACUAAUUGGCGGAUUCUCUACAGAUGAUAAAUUCGAUGAGAACCAUAAUAGAUGGGCCAAAUACUUUAAUAAUUCAUCCAAAGCCAAUAAAUUUAACCGCGACGAAGUUUUUGAGGGUGUAAAGAAAAGGGGAAAUAGAACUAGGACUCAGUGUCACAUCCUAUUUGUUGGAGAUCCUGCUACUGGGAAAUCACAUUUGCUUGAGUAUGCAACUGAAAUUUCAUACAGACACGUCUCUGUAAUAGGUACUAACUGUACAUCUGUUGGUUUAACUUGUACAAUUGUCAGAGAUGGUGGCGAUACUAUGCUUGCAGCAGGUGCUCUUGUUUUAGCAUCUGGGGGAAUAUGCUGUAUUGACGAGUUUUCAGAAAUAAAAAAUGACGACAAAUCCUGUUUACAUGAGGCCAUGGAACAACAGGUGAUUUCAGUAGCAAAGUCUGGAUUAAAGUGUACAUUGAACUGCCAGUGCACAAUCGUUGCUUCAUCAAAUUAUAAAUUCGCCAGACAAAACAAUAAAAGGAAAUAUGACGAUCAACUAUCUGAUGAGCGUAGGAUAAUCAAUAUUAACACGCCGUUGCCUCUUCUAACUAGAUUUGACUUGAUAAUUGUCAUGACUGACAAUUCAACUGAGGAUUUGGAUAUAGUUGAAUUUCUUCUUGAGGAUGAUAGUCAGAGGAUCAAUACAACUUCAAGUGAUGAUAAGUCUAAUCUGGACUGGUCUUCUGUCAAUACUGUCAAAAAUUAUAUCCAAUUUGUUAGGGAAAACUUAAUGCCUUCAAUAACCCCUUCUUGUCAGUUGAUAAUUAACAGAUACUAUGAUGAGAUUCGUUCAAUUUCAUUUAAUAUGGAAUAUGGUGGCGGUCCGACUGUAAGAACCAUAGAAAGCAUCGUCAGAUUAUCCCAGGCACAUGCAAGGUUAAUGUUCAGGGACUUUAUUAAGGUAUUUGACGUCGUUUCUGUAAUUUUGAUAAUGGAAUUUGGUUUACAAGGCUUUACAAUUGGGUGUAUCAAUGCGAAAGACCAGGUGAUUGAUAGAACUGGACUUUUUAGCAACAUCAAAGAGGACUUUAACGAAUAUCUAAUGAAUCACGCCUAUGAGGAUACAGGUGUGGAUCCGAAUGAAGUAAAAUUCUCAAAUGGAAUCACAACACAGCCAAUGUAUGAUUAUUUCGAAAGACUUCUCUUUGAGAAGUUGAAUUUGACAAGGUCUGAAAAUAACCCAGAAGAGAUUUAUAGUCUGUAA